CUCAUGGCGCUGGGCAGGACCUCCUCCGUGUAGAACCGCAUCAUCUCCGACACCGACUGGCACCCGAAGCUCCCCUGGGAGGGAAGGAGAAAUUCCCCAUUUCUCAUCCCUCUGCAAGCAGUGACGUUUUGGGGAGGCAGGGGCGUGGUGGCUUUGAAUUCACCUUGUGUGAAGAGCGGUUUUGAAGCAGUGGUGUUUGCCCUCUCGGCAGCCCCGUUGCCGAUGACUAACAGUUCCUGAUGGGCAAAGCAUGCAGGGGACUGCUGCUUUUUGCUGGCAAGGCAUGACGCUGGAUUUCUCACUUCUGGAAAGCUGCUUUCUAGCACCCUUGCCAAGACUUACAAUGUGACUCAUCAUCAGCCCCAACAGCCCAAAUGAUGAUGUGAUUCCUGGAUUCUAAUGAAGCUUUCUCAGCUGAGUUUGUUUGCAGGUAAGUUAAAGAAGGUAAAAGUAUUUAAAAUCCCCUGAAUAUAAUGGUCCAUUUUGACUUACCCAAAUACCUCUUCACUGCCUUUUGUUUUGAGCAUUGUGAGCAACAUAAUUGCCUUGAUCUCUUGAACAGAUCAUUUCACAAGUGCUGUUCUGAAGAGUUUCUAGUUUUGGUAUUAGUGGCUUGUGUGGAUCUCCUGGAGAAUAUUGUCUUUGUCAUGAUUUAGCAUCAACUCUCUGACCAGUAAUACAAACACAAGUUAUGUAUAACUAGGAAUGGUCAUAAGACAGAAAGUGGUUAUCACGGUUUGAGAAAUCAGAUAGUGCAAACCAGCUGCUCAGAAGCGUAAUGUGACUGUCAGGGUGACUUACAGAGGCAAUUUCAGUCCUUGUCCCCAAAGCCAAGCACAGGCUGGCUCACUCCGUGGUGGAGUUUUGGGGUGGUUUUUCACAUGGUGCUGAGGGGUUGGGAAAUCCUGGGCUUUCUUUUCCACCCCACACCACGCAAUGAAGCAUGUGCCAUGGCUGGCGAUGCCACACGUGAUGGCACGUGAUGCUCUGAGGGAUGCUGCAGCAUCCCUGGUGCUGCCGGGGGGUUUCCCACAUGCCCCACUGUGGCUUUCUGCUCCGAAAUCGUUGGUGUGAAAAGACUGUGGCCCCUGGGGCUCCCCUGUGAACCAGUCUGUCCAGGAUGAAGCCCAGGCUCCGAGCACUGUGUUACUCAACCAGAGAACAUCUACUGAUGGCUCUAUUCAACUGGAACAUUUUGGAGGCUCCUCUGAUGAGCCCAAGCAAAGGGAACAAGUUUCAUGAUGCAGAUUCCCAGAACAAUCAGCUGCUGACACUGCCCUUCCAGAGAAAACCUGCAAUAAAAUAGAAUUGCUAGAAAGUCUUUUUCUUUUUUUUCUUUUUUUUUUUUCCAUGGAAUUUGCUUAUUUUAAGUUGAGGAUUUUCUAAUGAACAGCCUCAGCACAGCCAGUUGUGCCAUGGGGAGGGGGAGGAAGAAUGAUCCGAGAUUGGCCUCAUGUAAGCAGCGAUUCCAUCAGAUGUGCUUCUCAGCAGUUUCAGAGGGUUUUGUUCCCAACUUUGUACCUCCCUGUGCUCAGAUCCCCCUUCUGUUUCAUCUUCCCUUCUUUUAUUUUACAGAGAGGGGGUGAUACAACCUGGCUCUUUCUCCUGGAAAGCAUCUGAAGUACCAAGACCCAAAAUAAUCGUGACCUUGGGUUAUGAAAGCAGUCUCUCAGAGGUUGCCCACUUUCCAAGGUGCAAACUUGCUCUGUCAACAGCAGAACCCCAUGUCCAGAGGAGUUCAGGGACAAGUGAAGCAUCACAUUGGCAGAUGUGUUGGUGUCUGAGAUCCUCCACCACGCUUUUCCCUUUCCACAAAGCAUCUUUCCUCCAGCAGCCUGGCAGUUUUUACCCCAUGGCUGCUGCCUGCUGGCAUUUGGCUGACCUGAGAGGCAGCUCAGUUACCAACAGGAAAAAUCCCUAAAAGAGAAGAAAUCCCUUCUUGUCAUCUGCAAUUUACAUAAUGAAGUAGGAACUCAUUGCCUCUUCCCUGCUUUCCUCACCAAGGCUGGGUGUGCACCGGGAACCGGGGAACGCAGCGGUGCCGCUUCCUCUGCUCCAAGUGAAACUUUCGCUGCAAUUCCAGGCAGCAGCUGGGAAUGGGGGGAGGAAGGCAGAGAUUGCCAGCCUGGGUUGCUGAGAAUCCCUCUGACACCUCAGCAUGGCCAAAUGCAGGUUUGGACCUGCCUUUUGGCUCUUUGACAGUGUGAAGGCACAAGGGUGAGGGAGGCAUGGUUGCUGCCUUUGGGGCAGUUUCAGCAGCACUAUAUGCAAUCCUAUGACUCGCCUGGGCAUAAAAUCUAUUUGCCUACUUGUCCCCUGGUGAUGGAUAUAUGCUCAGCAUUGAGUUUGGUUAUCAAUAAGUUACUCACCCAGCAAAUCUCUAUAGAACAGCCUCGGCCCACAGGCAGUGGCACAUAGCAGACACUUGCAUUGCAACAGCCACAGGCUCAGGCUCCUGCUCUCACUCAGAGAGAGGUGUUCUGCCAUCUCCAUGUCCCCUAAGUUCAUCUAACCUCCCCUCCUGGGUACAGGUGGUUGAAGAAGCUUUUACACUGCUCAUUCUUCUUUGUAUGUUGAACUUUGCUAUCACCAGAAACAACCAAACUGGCCUCAGAGCCAACAGCGUGGUGAACCAGCCUGGGUUUUGCUCCGUUAGUGCCACAUUCAUGUGACAGCACGCCUCAGCUGGCAGACCUGGAUCCCUGGGGACAGUGUGGAUCUGAAAUGUUGAUACAAGAGCAUGCCUGGUCUGCUCAAGGGCCUUGUCUCUAUCAGUUCUGCUCAGCAGGCUGAUAACUUCGGACUGUGCAUUAUGAUCACCGGUGGUCCUGAAAACCAAGGGACUUCUGGCUGUGUCACCCCAAAGCCCUGCCUCUCACAUCCCCAGUCUCUGAAUACCAGGGAUGUGCUGAUGGAGAUGAGUGGCCAUCCACCUGAGGAGCAAGCCUGAGGGUAGGGCUCCCUGUACCUGACAGGUGAAGGCCCCAUGUGCCAGGACAGUGAUGGAGAAAGGUCUUUCUUGCCAACUUUCUGAAUCAUGCUAUUUUUACUAGUGCACCAUGUGUCCUAUUGCCAGGAGCCCUGGGCUGUUUGGACCACUGGCAUCCCCAGGGAGAGGUUGCUGCUCAGCUUCCUGCAUCCCAACGCCUCUGUGAUGAGCUGGGGAUGGCUCCGUUCCAGGAGGGGUUUGGCAAUGGGGUUUAUGCUGGGGGGAGGACCCAAGCUUGGCUUUUUGGGAAUGUAACCCCCGUGAUGGUCCCUCCUUUUGUCUGAGUCCUUCUUCCCAAACGGAAGAUGACACGACAAUGCCAAGUAUUUCCCGCCUCCGUAGGUGACGGAAGCACCUAUGGGAGAGGGAGCUGGUCCCUUUCACUAGCUCAUUAAUUCAGUAAAUUACAAAGGGAAAUACAUGCUGGGAAAAGCAAGGAAAAUUCCAAAAGUCAAUCCAGGAGUUGUUUCCUCCUGAUACCGGGAUAAAACCGCGUUCUUCGGAGAUCUUCAGGUCAGAAUCCAGCGAGACGUGUGAACUACAUCAUAGAACCAGGUCUGUGCUGGCAUCCUGCAGCAGCAUGAAGGGAUCCCACUUGUUCCUCUGCCUCUUCUCCGUGUCGUGCUGGUUGAAUCUGAUGCCGACAGCUGGGAACAGCAUCUUCCACUUCGGACGCUGCAGGGUUUCAAUGAGCACGGCUGAGAUCAGGCUUGGCUUCACUGCAAUUAAAGCCAACAUUCAAGCCAGAGACCCCAUCAGGACCCUGAGCAUUUUGUCCCACCCGCACUCUCUGCACAAGGUUAAGUCUUCAGAUAGGUGCUGCAUCACCCAUCACCUCUUCAACUUCUACGUGGACAAAGUCUUCAAGCACUGCAAGACCGAGGAUUCAUACAUCAACCGAAAGAUCAGCAGCAUAGCCAACUCCUUCCUCAGCAUGAAGAGGACGCUCAGGCAGUGUCAUGAGCAAAACAAAUGCAUGUGUGGGGAGGAAUCCACUGAGAAAUUUAAGCAAAUACUUGCAAAUUAUGAAGGGCUAAAUGUCACAUCUGCAGCAAUGAAAUCCCUGGGUGAGCUGGACAUCCUGCUAGAUUGGAUGGAGAACUCUCAGAGAGCAGAAGGUGUUAACAGCCCACCAGAGGCUGGGGCUAAGGAAGCUGCUGGCACGUUGCACACACCAGUGGUGCGCAGGAAGACAAUGUGCUGUACCACUGCAGAAUCCCACUGACUGCAGCUGUGUUCAGUCAGACACUGGGUGUUUUACCAACAGGGUAUGUAGGUGAAUGCAUCAGCAGAACCUUGCAUGAAGGUGGAAAUAUCAAGGUUGAUCAAAUGAGCACAGCACUCACGUAGAUGCCUUCUAUCAAAGGAUGCUCUCCAAGGAAGAUCUCAUAGGGUUUCUCUUGCUGCAGACAUAAACUAUGAUCAUUUCAUAAAAAUACUGCUUAAAUUAUCAUUUUUUUUUAUAGAGAAUGUAUAUUAAUGAGUGCUGGAAUGACUCUGGUGUAGUCAAUGCUGCAGAGCAGUGCCCAUAUAUCUGGGCUCAGUCUUAUGUGGCUGCUGCUGCUGUGUGAUCUGGCUGAAAUGAGGUUCAGAGGGUGAGAAAUGCUCCCAAGAACAGGUCCUAGCAGGUAUGUCAGGCCUUAGAAAUCUGUGUUUCCUUUUGAGAUGAUAUUUUGUGCCUUAUCAGUACAGGAACAGUUCCUACACGAGAUACGUGGUUGCUGAAUAGAAAAAGGGUCAUGCGUGUACUGUGUAAUUUACUGACAGUAGUAAGUUGUGUGGAAAUCUGUUACAAUUACUGUAAAUAAACCCCACC